UUUCUCUUCCCCCUUCGUCUUCUUCUCGUCUUCUUCUUCCUUGUUCAUCUUCUUCUUCCCCGCCCAUCGGGCUUCUCCGGCAGCCGCCACCGCCGCCUGAGGGUCGCGCGUCCCCGGUAACCACCGCCUGGGGGUGGAGCGACCCGCGACCCAGGCGGCGUCGCCUGUCGCCUCCUGGGUCGCGCGGACCUCAGGCGCCUGAGGUCGCAGAAGCCAGAUCUGGCCGUCCGGCGGCCAGACCGCCAGAUCUGGCGGCCUGAGGUCGCGCGGACCCAGGCGGCGUGGAUCGCGCGGACCUCAGGCGGCGUCGCCUGGCGCGCGCGGACCCCAGGCGACGCCGCCUGAGGUCGCGCCUCCAGCGGCGUCGCCUGAGGUCACGACCUGGAUUUGAUUUUCAGAUUUAAAAAUAAAAAUAAAAAUAAAAGCAAAAGCCCAUUACAAAUGUUAAUUUUGCCAAAUGGCUAAACACCUUUCAAUGCUAUUUGAGACUGCAAUUUAUCAAACGGUGUAACAUUUCAGAAAACCUUCUUUACCUCAAAGUAUUUGCAUUAUCCCAAGGCAUUUCCCCAAAGCCAAAUCAAAUGGGCCCAGAGAAAGCUUCCUCUUAUUCGGAGCAACUACCUUUUUUUUCCUGCUCAAUUGAUGAAGAAAGUUCUGUAAAGGACAUGAAGUGGCUAAAGAAGAGACAAAAUUCAUACAUUCUUCUGACAAGUCACGGGAACCUCUAUCUUGGGAGCAUUGAUGGACCUUUAAAAUGGAUAAUGUUGAUGCAGUUGACUGCAGUGCAAAAGAUGAUUAUAUUGCUGUGGCGAGGGAUAACAGCCUAAGCAUUCUUUCAUCCAAAUUAAAUGAGAGGUUGCACAUCGCAUUGUCACUCCAACCAUGGACAGGGGAGCCUAAUGACUUUAGUGUGAAAGUGGAUUCUCUCAGGUGGGUUCGUCGCGAUUGCAUCGUUCUAGGGUGCUUUCAACUUACCUCAGAUGGCAUGGAGGAGAGUUAUCUUUUGCAAGUGAUCAGGACAAGAGAUGGCGAGUUUUUUCUUGCUUCUUCUAAGGCAGUACUGCAGUCCUUUUGUGAUGUUUUCCCUGGAAUUGUGGAUGAUAUUAUUCCUGCAGGAUGUGGGCCGCAUCUGUUCUUCAGCUAUUUGGAACAAUGCAAGCUUGCAAUUGCAGAUAACAGAAAAAAUGCGGACCAGCACAUUAUUCUGUUCAGUUGGUCACUUGGUGAGGAGAGGAAUGAAGCAGUACUUGUUGAUAUUGAUCGAGAUAACUGGCUUCCAAGAAUUGAGCUUCAAGAAAAUGGUGACGACAAUUCAAUCCUGGGGCUUUGCACUGACAAAGUAUCCAUGCAUGAGAAAGUCAAAGUUCAACUUGGAGUUGAGGAACAAAAGGACCUUUCGCCAUUUUGCAUCCUUUUUUGUCUUUCUAGAAGGAAAGAUGUUCAAUGUUGCCUGUGUUGCAGAACAAACUGAUUUUCCUCGCACUGGCUGGCCGUCUGAUGUGGAAGAGGAUAUUUCUGGAGUUGAAGCCCAAGAAGAAGUCCUCAGGUUUGGGAGAGAUGAUUUCACAACAGGUUUUUACAGGUCAUCAAAUUCAGGACAUCGACACAAUGGAACACAACUUACCAAAAGAUCGCGAGAUUGCUGUUAAAGCUGACACGAAGUCUUCUGAGUCUGCAACAGCCAGACUAAUAACUAAUCAAACAAAGAGGAAAGAAGCUGUAACUGGAAAAUGGAAUCUAAAUUCAUUUGCACAGCCACAAGGAUCUAAUGUAAUUGAAAAGGCUCUGCAAGGGAGUUCGGUCAAUUUAUUGACCGAACAGUGGGACAAGAGAAGACCUCUCUCCUGUAGAAGGUACGAGCUGACUCUCCUGUAGAAGGUAUGAGCUGACUCCUCUCCUAUUCGCUUGUACCGUCUCUCUCUCUCUCCUCAGUCGCUUGCUCUCAGUCGUGGGAAUGAGAUGUGAAGGAAAUAUUUGAUGGGCUCCACCAAAUAUUUCCUUGCAGAGGGAGUUUGGUCAAUUUAUUGACCAAACAAUGGGACAAGACAAGACUUCUCUCUCCUGCAGGAGGAGAGAGAAAUUCCGUUACGCUUCUUUCUGAAAAUAAAUGGAAUGGUACGAGGUGACUCAUCUCCUAUUCACUUUAGCUUUAACAGUCUUUCUUGCUCGCUCUCUCGCUCUCCGUCUCUCGCUUUCAGUCACUCUCAGUCGUGGGAAUGAGAUGUGAAGGAAAUAUUUGGUGGGCUCCACCAAAUAUUUCCUUGCAGAGGGAGUUCAGUCAAUUUAUUGACCGAACAGUGGGACAAGACAAGUCCUCUCCAGCAAAAGGGGAGAGAAAACCCGCUAUGCUUCUUUCUGAAAAUAAAAUCUGAAAAUAAAAGGUACGAGCUGACAAUUCUCUUAUUCGUUUUAACUAUCUCAGUCGUGGGAAUGAGAUGUGAAGGAAAUAUCUGGUGGGCUCCACCAAAUAUUUCCUUGCAGAGGAGUUCGGUCAAUUUAUUGACCAAACAGUGGGACAAGACAAGUCCUCUCCAGCAAAAGGGGAGAGAAAACCCACUAUGUUUCUUUCUGAAAAUAAAAGGUACGAGCUGACAAUUCUCCUAUUUGUUUUAACUGUCUCAGUCGUGGGAAUGAGAUGUGAAGGAAAGUUGUGGGAAUGAGAUGUGAAGGAAAUAUCUGGUGGGCUCCACCAAAUAUUUCCUUGCAGAGGGAGUUUGGUCAAUUUGUUGACCGAACAGUGGGACAAGACAAGACUUCUCUCCUGCAGAAGGAGAGAGAAAAUCUCUACGCUUCUUUAUGAAAAUAAAAGGUACGAGCUGACUCCUCCUCAGUCACUCGCUCUUAGUCUCUCACUCUCAGUCUCUGUCUCUUAGUCGUUCGCUCUCCUCAGUCGCUUUCUCUCCUCACUCAAUCGCUCGCUCUCUCUCUUUAGUUGCCUGCUCUCAGUCACUCGCUUUCUCUCCUCCUUCAUGGAUGAAGUAAUCGCUGCCUAGAGAGAGGAGGCGAGGUGACCAUGCGCCUGGAGUUUCUAGAGUUAUCGGUGGACCUAUUUUGGUAGCAACUAGGCCGCCUCUUAGCAUUCCAUGUGGCAGCACUGUCAUGCGUGCAUGUCAUCACACCAACUACCCAGCUGCGUUGUAAGAUGGGAUGGUUGUCGGCGGUUGUCAUUCUGUUGAUUUCUGUCACUCAUUUUAUUUCCUUUUUCAUGUUGUUGUGGCGCGUGGAGUAUCAGUACGCGGAGCUUGCCGACAUGGAGGAGUGGAGGCUCCUUUUGUCGGAGCGGCUGUACGAUGUCAGGAGGCUGGGCCGCCGGGGGCGAUUGAUAUAUGUGGUUCUUAUCGACUGUUGGGUUCGCUAGCUUUUUCUAGGGGAUGACCUGCUUUUAGAGAGAGGGUUUUAGGUUUUAAUGCGUUUUACUAGAUGUCCAAAGCUUGUCUCUUGCUUGGAUGAUGGCCGCUUCUUAUUUCUUUUUAGGUUGUGAAUACUCUAUGCUUUGUGUAAUUUGUUGGAUGAGUCUAGGGAGUACAGUUUUAGAUUGUGAAUACUCUGUGCUUUAUGUGGUUUGUAGGAUGAAUCUAGGGGCACAGUGAACGCAAUACUUUGUGCUCUGUGUGGUUUGUGGAUACUAUGUGAUAUUCGCUUUCUGCACAAAGUAUUCACCAGAAAAAAAAAGACCGUUCACUGUGCCCCCUAGACUUAUCCUACAAACCGCACAAAGCACAGAGUAUUCACAACCUAAAACUGUGUUUCCUAGACUCAUCCUACAAACCACAUAAAGUACAGAGUAUUCACAACCUAAAAAGAAAUAAGGAGCGGCCAUCAUCCAAGCAAGAGACAAGCUUUGGACAUUCAGCAGAAACCGCAUUAAAACCCAAAACCUUAUCUCUAAAAGCAGGUCAUUCUCUAGGAAAAGCUGGCGAAUCCAACCGUGAACAAUAUGUAGAAAACUCCGGCAAGAACCGCAUAUAUCAAUCGUCUCCUGCGGCCAGCCUUCUGACAUCAUAUAGCCGCUUGUCAUCCGGCAGAAUGAGCCUUUACUCCUCCAUGUCGGCAAGCUUCGGGUACCGAUACUUCACGCGCCGCAACAGCAUGAAAAAGGAAAUGGAAUGGGCGGCAAAAUCAACAAAACGACAACCGCCAGCAACCAUCCCAUCUUGCAGCGCAGUUGGGUGGGUGGUGUGAUGGCCUGCAUGCAUGACAAUGCUAUCACAUGGAACGCUAAGAGGUGGCCUAGCUGCUGCCAUAAUAGGUUCACUGAUGACUCUAGAAACUUCAGGCGCAUGGUCGCCUCUUCUCUCUAGGCAGCGAUUGCUUUAGCCAUGGAGAAGAGAGAGCGAGUGACUAAGGAAAAAGUGCGAGCGACUGAUUGAGGAGAGCGAGCGAUUGAGGAGACCGAGCAACUAAGAUUUGAGAGUGAGUGACUGAGGAGAGCGAGUGAGAGAGACGGUUAAAACGAAUAGGAGAGGAGUUAGCUCGUACCUUUUAUUUUCAGACAGAAACGUAGUGGGUUUUCUCUUUCCUCCUGCACGAGAGAGGUCUUCUCUUGUCCCAAAUUGACUGAAUUCCCUUUGCAAGGAAAUAUUUGGUGGAGCCCAUCAAAUAUUUCCUUCACAUCUCAUUCCCACGACUAAGAGCGAGCGAGAGAGAUUGAGAGUGAGCGAGAGAGACGGUUAAAGCAAAUAGGAGAGGAGUCAGCUCAUUCCUUUUAUUUUCAGAAAGAAGCGUAGCGGGUUUUCUCUCUCCUCUUGCAGGAGAGAGGUCUUAUCUUGUCUCUCUCCUCUUGUAGGAAAUAUUUGGUGGAGCCCACCAAAUAUUUCUUUCACAUCUCAUUCCCACGAAAAAUUUGAGUGCCAUCAGGAAACUCUCUCUCCCUCCAUUGAAAAAUCGUUCAAGUGUCGUUAUGUUCUUUGCUCUUCCUCCGACGGACAAGGGAGGCCACCAUCCGACGAACCAUGCUGCCUUGAAUCUCUAGCUUUUGUGCUCGGCAGGUGUGGGUGGUCUCAGCUAUUUCAAGCUCGGUGGUGAGCCUGUCGAGAUCCUCGGUGGAGAGGGUGUAUGAAGUGGUGCUAAAUGCUCCAUUGCCGCUUUGCUCUUUGCUCUUCCUCCGAUGAACCACGCCACCUUGAAUCUCCGGCUUUUGUGCUCGGCAGGUGUGGGUGGUGAGCGGGGUCUCGGCUUAUUUCGAGCUCGAUGCCGAGCCCGUCCAGAUCCUUUUCUUUUAAAUAUAAGUGUUGAGUUUCUUUCUUCCUUUAUUAUUGCCAUAAAAGGGUGUUGCACGUAUUUGCCACUAAUGAUGCUGCACGUAUUUGCCCGUCCAAAUACUAAGGGUUGCGCACGAAUCCGCUCGCGCGUGGCAGAGCGCGGUCUACAUUUCGAUCACGGAGCGGGUGAGCAGGUGAGCAUCGCUGCUCAAUCUCGUCUGCUGCUUCCCUCUCCACCAGCUGAGUCGCGUCGCCCUCUUCAUCUAGACCUUCCUCUGCGUGCCCCUGCCUGACUCCAACUAUUACUCCUAUGUCUCCGACGACUCCUUCGACUUCGACGAUGACGGCAGCAGCAACAGCGAAACCGCCAUCUUUUACGACGACUACAGCUACAACUCGUAUUCUGAUUGAUUGAUUCAAGUGGGUUUCCUGUACAGUAAUCUCCUCACCACCCAACCCUUGUUUUUGGGUUGGUCUAUGUUUUGUCUCUUUUUUGUUAUACAGAUAGUUUCUGCGUUUUCUCUAUUUCGUUCUUUUUGUAAAUUUUUUUUUUUCUUGGGGAGGCUCCGGUGGAGAUUUAUUGUAUUUAUUGUGUUUUAUUAAUGCAGCUCAAGAGCAACUGUAGACAUUUUCUA